CGUCGUUCUCAAUGUCGCAAGUACUUCAGUAAGGUUCUGUAAUCAUUUAGUUCGUACUUAACCGCCAUCUAGAUAGCACACAUCAAGACGGAAGCGGAUUUAUGAUGGCAGCAACUCUAGUGCAACCAAGUGGAGAAAUAUGGGAGAAGAUAAGAGUAGAACUAAAAGAAGAUGUGAAUACCAGAGACAGAGAUUUACAGCAUAUGAAAGACUGGUUGAAAAAACAGCCUCAUUUGCCUGACGAGUGGGACGAAGGACGCAUCAUGACCUUUCUUCGUGGCUGUAGUUUCUCUCUAGAGAAAUGCAAGAGGAAGUUGGAUAUGUACUUUACAAUGAGAGCAGCAUGUCCUGAAUUUUUCACAGAAAGAGAUGUAACACGACCAGAACUAAGGGACCUUAUGUCAAGGGCACAAGGACCACCACUCCCUGGUUUGACACCGAAUGGUAGACGAGUGACUGUUUGUAGAGGUCUGGACAAGAACUUAGAUAUGAAUCAGCUGAAUGACGCUUUUAAAGUCGCCCUUAUGAUCGGUGACGUCAGACUAAAGGAAGAAAAAGAGGGUGUAGGCGGUGACAUUUACAUUCUAGACGCUUCUGUCGUCAGUCCUAGCCACCUGGCCAAGCUAUCUCCCACGGCUAUCAAGAAAUUCCUUAUUUGUGUUCAGGAAGCCUACCCCGUGAAAUUAAAGGAGGUACACGUGGUGAAUACAUCACCAGUCAUUGAAAAAGUUGUCAACUUCGUUAAGCCUUUCCUGAAAGAUAAAAUCAAAAAUAGAAUCUUUAUCCAUUCAAACCUUAGUGAGCUGUAUAAUUAUGUGCCAAAGGAAAUGCUUCCUGAGGAGUAUGGAGGCAACGGAGGUUCACUUUCGGACAUUAAUGAGGCCUGGAUGAAAAAAUUGGAAGAGUACACAGAUUGGUUCAAGGCUGAGGAGUCGGUUGUAGCUGUGGAAGCCCUAAGACCGGGAAAGCCAACAAAUUAUGACGAAUUAUUCGGGAUUGAUGGAUCUUUUAGACAACUGUCCAUAGAUUAAGCAUUUGUCUAAACCUUUAGUUUUGAACAGGCGGAUAUUUUUAUAUAAGAUUAAUAAGCAAGGGCAUAUUUAAAGUCAUUUUGCUAUGAUUAUAUGUCAUAUUUGAGAUUAUUAUAUUUCAAUGUAUAUACUUUUUUAAUUAAUUAGGUCAUUAUUAAACGGACUUCAAAAGGAGGAGGUUAUCAAUUC